GCCGCCCCGGGAGCGGCGGAGCCUCGGCCGGGCCCCGCGGGGUCUAUGGGGAAGGCGGCCGCGCUCUGCGGCGGUGGCACCCGCGGGCUGGUCUCGCUCCUCAGCACCGUCCCUUGCCUGGCCUGCCACGAGCUGCCGGCCAUGAGCGCGGAUCCGGGUGGCCGCGGCGGCGGGGGCCCGGCGGGGGGGCCGCCCGCUGCCCCCCCGGGCUCCGACACCUACAAGGGGUGGCUCUUCAAGUGGACCAACUACCUGAAGGGCUACCAGCGUCGCUGGUUCGUGCUCAGCAAUGGGCUGCUCAGCUAUUACAGGUCUUCUGCAACUGUCAGGAGUGGUGGCUCUUCUUGGAAGCGCUUGAAAAAUACACCGGUCCCAGUUCGGAAGAUGGGUUGCAGACAUCCAGCCUGGAAUUGUCAGUUGACACAGGCAGAGAUGGCCCACACGUGCCGGGGCACCAUCAACUUGUCCACGGCCCACAUUGACACAGAGGACUCGUGCAACAUCGUGCUGUCCAACGGGGGCAGGACCUACCACCUGAAGGCCAACUCGGAGGUGGAGAGGCAGCGCUGGGUCACGGCCCUGGAGCUGGCCAAGGCCAAGGCCAUCCGCAUGCGGAACAACCAGUCAGAUGACUCGGGUGACGAGGAGCCCGCCUCGCAGUCAGACAAGAGCGAGCUGCACGGCCCCCUGAAGACCCUGUCGAGCAAGCUGGAGGACCUGAGCACCUGCAAUGAGCUGAUCGCCAAGCACGGCGCGGCUCUGCAGCGCUCGCUCAGCGAGCUGGAGAACCUGCGCCUGCCGGCCGACAGCGGGGAGAAGAUCAAGGCGGUGAACGAGCGCGCCACGCUCUUCCGCAUCACCUCCAAUGCUAUGAUCAACGCCUGCCGCGAUUUCCUGGACUUAGCCGAGAGCCACAGCCGGAAAUGGCAGCGGCUGCUGCAGCAUGAGCGGGAGCAGCGGAUCCGGCUGGAGGAGACCAUCGAGCAGCUAGCCAAGCAGCACAACAGCUUGGAACGUGCCUGCCGAGGGGCACCCGGCCUGGCCUCGGGCACCGCCAGCAUCGCCAGCACCGCCAAGGGUUGUCCUGCCGUGUCCCCAUCCCUGGAGGGAUUUAAGAGCUGCAUGGAUGUGGCACCUGGGGACACAGCAGGGAGUGUGCAGUCUGCCAAAGGAGAGGCCAGUGAUGAAGAUGAGGAGACGGAGUACUUCGAUGCCAUGGAGGAUGCACCAGCUUUUAUCACUGUAACCGCAGACCCCAAACACCACAGGCGUUCAGGCAGCAACCUGAGUGGGGCCAGCGAGGGCCACCCUGAGGACUGGAACCUGGAGGACAGUGUCUUUGAGAGCUCAAAUCAAAGCAGCUACAAUGAGUCCACAGGCAAAGAUCUCCUGCCAAGGAAAAGGAGACGGACUCGCAUUCCUGACAAACCCAACUACAGCCUUAACCUCUGGAGCAUCAUGAAGAACUGCAUUGGCAAAGAGCUCUCCAAGAUCCCCAUGCCUGUAAACUUCAACGAGCCCCUGUCCAUGCUGCAGCGGCUCACAGAGGACCUGGAGUACCACGAGCUGCUGGACAAGGCGGUGAAGUGUGAGAGCUCCACGGAGCAGAUGUGCUUUGUGGCCGCCUUCUCCGUGUCCUCCUACUCCACCACUGUCCACCGCACUGCAAAGCCAUUCAACCCCCUCCUGGGGGAGACCUACGAGCUGGACCGCCUGGAGGAGCUGGGAUUCCGAUCCCUCUGUGAGCAGGUGAGCCACCACCCCCCAGCAGCCGCCCACCACGUGUACUCCAGGCGAGGCUGGACCUUGUGGCAGGAGAUCACCAUCGCCAGCAAGUUCAGGGGCAAAUACCUCUCCAUCAUGCCACUGGGCGCCAUCCACCUGGAGUUCCACUCCAGUGGGAAUCACUAUGUCUGGAGGAAAGUCACCUCCACUGUACACAACAUCAUUGUGGGCAAGCUCUGGAUCGACCAGUCUGGUGACAUAGAGAUUGUUAACCAUAAGUCCAAAGAUAAAUGCCAGCUGAAAUUUACCCCCUACAGCUACUUCUCCAGGGAUGUCCCUCGCAAGGUGACGGGGGUGGUGAGUGAUGCUGAUGGCAAAGCCCACUACGUCAUGUCUGGCACGUGGGAUGAAAAGAUGGAGUGCUCCAAGAUCAUCCACAGCAGCCACGGCAGCACCAGCACUGAGGGCAAGCAGAAGACUGUCUACCAGACACUGUCCCCAAAGGUCCUGUGGAGGAAGUACCCGCUGCCGGAAAAUGCCGAGAACAUGUAUUUCUUCUCGGAGCUGGCGCUGACGCUGAACGAGCCCGAGGAGCGCGUGGCACCCACGGACAGCCGGCUGCGCCCCGACCAGCGGCUCAUGGAGAGCGGCCGCUGGGACGAGGCCAACGUGGAGAAGCAGAGGCUGGAGGAGAAGCAGAGAGCCGUGCGCCGGCGCAGGGAGGCCGAGGCUGUGGAGGCCCUGGAGGAAGGGAAGGACUACGAGGGGUACACCCCGCUGUGGUUUGAGCGCAAGGUGGACGCCGUCACUGGGGAGCUGAUCUGUGUCUACAAGGGCGGCUACUGGGAGGCCAAGGACAAGCAGGACUGGAGCGUGUGCCCCGACAUCUUCUGAGCCCCCCAGUGCUGCAGGGCUACCCCUGGGACACCGCCACAGCCCAAGGGACAGCGAGGACACGCUGGCAGCGUCCUGCCGGGCUGACAGAGUCAAUACAUGCAGACAUCCAAACAGGGAUUCCAAACCUAUUUUUUUAUGCACUAAUAAAUAGCACCUUUUUUUUUC